AUGGAGCCCCUGGAGCUGGUGCCAGGCCGCUACAUCGGGGAGGGUCAGCCUUGCUUCAUCAUCGCGGAGAUCGGACAGAACCACCAGGGCGACGUCGACCUGGCCAAGAGCCUCAUCCUGCGCGCGAAGGAAUGCGGUGCGGAUUGCGUCAAGUUCCAGAAGUCAUCCCUGAAGGACAAAUUUAACCGCCACGCCCUCGCCCGCCCUUACACGGGUCCCAACGCGUGGGCGGAUACUUACGGCGCCCACAAGGAACAUCUCGAGUUCUCACGCGAAGAUUUCCAGGAACUCCAGAAUUAUGCCAGGGAAGUGGGGAUUCCCCUUACGGCGUCGGCCAUGGAUAUCCCGACGGUCGAGCUGUUGGACGAGCUGGGUGUCCCUUUCAUCAAGGUUGGGUCGGGCGAUGUGCACAACCUCCCCCUCCUCCGUCGCGCCGCCGCCACGGGUCGCCCUCUCGUGGUUUCGUCAGGCAUGUCCGACAUAGAGUGGGUGUCGCGAGUGUACGAGGAACUCAGCGCCGCGCAGGACCCACCCACGCCCUUGGUCAUCCUGCAAUGCACCUCGGCCUACCCGACGCCCCCCGAGCACGUCCACCUACGCGUCCUCGACACCUACGCCCAGGUUUUCCCUCACGCCCACAUCGGAUACUCGGGUCAUGAGCUGGGGAUUCACGUGACGGUGGCGGCCGUGGCUCGAGGAGCGAGGGUGGUGGAGAGACACAUCACACUCAACAAGAGCUGGAAGGGCAGCGACCACGCGUGUUCCCUCGAGCCCCACGAACUGAGGGAACUCGUGGAGGCCGUGAGGAGCGUGGAGGCCGCCCUCGGGAGUCCCCUCAAGGCCUUCCAACCCUCGGAGGAACCCUGUUUCUUGAAGCUCGGAAAGACGGUGGUGGCCGGCCGGAACCUGAAGGCGGGGCAGACGAUUCAGGAGGAGGACGUGGUGGCGAAAGUAGCCGAGCCGCGCGGCCUCCCAGCGACACGUCUGGACGAGCUGGUGGGCGGGUGUCUCAACCGCGACGUGGAGGCGGACGAGAGCAUCCUGGAGGAGGACGUCUUGUGGCUGGUGUUCGGUGGUCUCUUCACAUCGUAA